UCCUCCCUCCAUCAGAGGUUGGUGCCUGAGCUCCAAACUCCUCAGACCUCCUGGUUUCCUCCACCAUGCAGCUGCGCUCCUUCGCUCGCCUGGCGCUCUUCUCCUUUGCGCAUCUUUGGUUCCUGGAGGCCGUUUGCGCUCAGGAGGCUGCGGAGUCCGAUGCGCUCCGGAGGGGGUUGACAUGGCAACACAACGGGCAGGUCUUCAGCAUCCUGAGCCGCGGCGCUCAGUACAGACCCAGCGGGAGGAGGCAGACCGGCUCCCCCCGCAGCACCGACCCGGUUCUGGUGAUCAGCAGCUCCAAUGACACGGGCGCGGACGCCGCGUCCUCCCCGCGGGUCCCCGCCGCCAGCGGCUCCAGGCAGCUCCGCGCCAUGACGCGUCAGCAGGCGCGCGCUGCUGGAGGAGAGUCAGCCCCGGUGAACAGGGAGGACAUGAUGGUGGGAGAUGAUCCCUACAACCCCUACAAGCGGCACGGCUAUGACCCCUACUACAACUACUUUGACACCUACCAGAGACCCAGACCCAGGGUUCGGCCCGGAUACGGAACCCAGUACCACCAGAACGGUCUUCCUGAUCUGGUUCCUGAUCCCUUUUACAUCCAGAUGGCCUCGUAUGUCCAGAGGAUGCCCAUGUAUAACCUGCGCUGUGCGGCGGAGGAGAACUGCCUCGGCUCCUCCGCUCGCUACGCUCAGGAUUAUGACACCAGGGUUCUGUUGAGGUUCACUCAGAGGGUGAAGAAUCAGGGAACCGCCGACUUCCUGCCAAGCAGACCCCGAUAUGCCUGGGAGUGGCACAGCUGUCACAACCACUUUCACAGCAUGGAUGAGUUCAGCCUGUACGAGCUGCUGGACGCCCGCACCCAAAGCGCCGUGGCAGAGGGCCACAAGGCCAGCUUCUGUUUGGAGGACACUUCCUGCGACCCGGGAUACUACCGCCGCUACGCCUGCACCUCACACACUCAGGGUUUGAGUCCCGGAUGUUACGACACCUACAACGCUGACAUCGACUGUCAGUGGAUCGACAUCACCGACGUCCAGCCUGGAAAAUACAUCCUCAAGGUGACGGUUAAUCCCAGGCAGCAGGUUCCAGAGUCCAACUAUAACAACAACGUGGCUCGGUGUGACGUUCAGUACACGGGCAACGCUGCUCACAUCUCUGGAUGCACGCUGGCAGGGUACUGAGGAGAAUCUAGAAUCCAGCCUGAAGACGAAGUAAGAGAUCGAAUUAAUCAAGUUAAAGUUGGACUUUGUUAAUAUUUGACCCAAAUCAUCCCUUAUAAGCAAAAACACCUGAAGCCGAGCAGGAAGGAUCCCACAGCAGAAAAUCCGCUUCUACUGGUUCUGGUUCUUCAUGUGUACUGUAUCACCUCACAGCUGGAGUUACUGCUUUCCUGCUACUUCUUCUUCAUUUACAGCCUUUAUU